UUUCAACCUGAGCGCCGAGAACAAACGUUGCGAGUCCCUGGAUGAGGCGCUCUCCCUGUGGAAGUGCCUCCUGUCUGAGUCUCGUUCCCCUGCCCUGCGGAGCGCCGAGCAAACGGCCCACGCUGUCCUCCUCAUGGCCGCCCUCUACAGGCUGAUGGACAAGCCGUUCCAGGUCAUUGAGAGUUACGGGUUGAUGCUGCGUUUGUUGGACCCUUGCACAGACUCGCUGCCCCUCGCUAACGUACUGCUCCAGCUCGGGGAGACACUCUUGUCGGUCGAUUGUCUGGACGAGGUGCAGACCUGCCUGGCCCGGGCGGAGCUCUUACUGAAGGAGGAUAACUCUGGUAAAGGUGACCACCACCUCCUGGCAAAGACGACCUGCACCCUCCUUCGCAGCCAACUGCUGUUGGCCACAUCCCAGGUUCCUGAAGGCCUGACCCCCCUCCUCGAGGUCCUGACCUGCCCGUCCCUUCACAAAUCAUCCAAGGCCUGGUACCUGCUCAAAGCCAAGGUCCAGCAGCUGGUAGCUGCGUACCUGAGCCUGCCACCAUCUGCUCUGCCUGCCUCCCUGCGCCGCCGCCUCCAGCAGCAUGGAUGGAGGAGCCCAGAGUCAGCGCUGACUGAUGCUCACAAGAUGCUGUGUGGGAUCGUCAUGUUGGUAUGUCCCGGAGUUCUGUCCUUUGGGAAGAGAAGCUCUGAGCUGAACUGUCCAGCCAGCCCAG